AUUGCAAUGUUGGACCAAGGCACAGGAUUCAAAAUAGAGAGCAUGAAUCUCAGAAAUGCCGAAACGGGCGAGAUAAUAUGGCAAGAGAUGAAUUGUGCAGGCAAGACACAAUAUCCAAUCAGGAGAAGCAUGCCACUCUUCCGGCCUCCAUUCUAACUGUUCCGUCCAUAUCUCGCGAGAUUGUAUUUUCGUCUGUGGCAUCCAUUCAAAGAUUGCAUGUCUCUCAGAAGGUUUACGUUCAUGAUGAAUGCGCUGAAGACUGGUCCUCAACCUUCGGCUUCGUAAUUCCAAAUUCGACCAACUCCUGGCAGCACACCGUUGAGGCGGACAUUGGUAGUAUGAUACCCGCUUCAGUUCUGAGCGGAAACACAAUUAUUAGGACAUCCUUUUACGAUGGAGACAUGCCUUUAUCAGAAUUCAGUGUUAGGUUAUUCUAUGUUUAAUCAACAAUAGCUAACCGCAAUAAAACAUGCACAUCAGUAUCGGA